CAACGAGUACAUCCUUAAUCAAUACUAAUGCAAAUUUUCAACAUAGAUGCCUGCUACGAUCGAGGAUUUGGAAGCUGCAAUUCAAGAUAAUAUUUCUCAAGCAAAUUCCAUUCUAUUUCUGAACCACAAUAUUCUGGAAGAAUAUGAAAGCCGCCAGCAAAAGAUAGAAGCCAUUGCUAAGAAGCUGGAAGCUGACGAGGAGGAGCUAAAGAGGUGUGUGGCUGAAAUAGACAUCUUGAAGGAAAAAUGGCUCCGACGCUAAGAAAUCUUGUAGCUCAAAUAAAUAAGACAUUUAGUCAAAACUUUCAAGAGAUGGCUGUUGCAGGAGAAGUUUCAUUGGACGAGCGUGAUAUGGAGUUCGAUAAAUUUGGGAUACUUAUCAAAGUAAAGUUCAGACAAGCAGGACAGCUUCAAGUCCUAAGUGCUCAUCAUCAAUCAGGAGGGGAGCGCUCUGUUUCUACUAUUCUUUAUCUGGUUUCACUUCAAGACCUUACAAAUUGUCCUUUUCGCGUGGUUGAUGAGAUCAAUCAAGGGAUGGACCCUAUCAACGAAAGGAAAAUGUUCCAGCAGCUAGUGAGAGCAGCCAGCCAGAUCAAUACACCACAGUGUUUCUUGCUAGCACCAAAGUUGCUGCCGGAUUUGGUAUAUAGCAAAGCAUGUAGCAUGUUAACCAUUAUGAACGGCCCUUGGAUCAAUGAUGUUACGAAAGCAUGGAGCGGGGGUGAUAGUUGGGGAACGGUAAUGGGAUUGGCUGGAGAGAGAAUACAUUGAAUGACAAAGAUGUCUCUAAUUAGAAGUCGCCGUCUGAAGGGUAAACUGGUAGCAGAAGAACCGUUCUUAUGAUACAAAAUCUAGGCAAGGAACCCUAGUUCUGUGUUUUUUGCAAUUCUUGAUAAGCUGUUGAAGAAAAUUCAGAAACGGAGUGGCAUGUCAUUCACUAACUACUGCUUGCAGAGUUAGUCAAGUAAGAUCGUGGAUAAACUCAAUUGAGUCCAACUCCAGUGUGCCAACACUUAUAUUUUGACAUGCGUUUAUGAGAAUCUAGCUAUUUGUGAUUGCUUCCAAGAAACCGGCACUUCAAACAUAUACUGAUAUACAUGAAUAAUAGAUUAUAGGGGUUAGUUGUGGGAGAGUUCGAGAGAUUUUAAUGUAUUU